AUGGUGGCUUUCUUUGGUACCCUUUUAAUCAAUUUGUGGGACUCUUGGAGGAGGAAUGGAUUAUUAGAUGAUGGAGAUAUUGAAUUAUUGAAAGACUGUUGUGAAGGUGUUCUUGAAAGAAAUAAUAUUCAAGGGUUAUUUACUAUUGGACUAUCGGUCAUUGGUUUGCUUGUUACUAUGUAUAACGGACAGGUUUUUUGGUUUGCUCUUAAUCCACUUAUUUGUUUGCUGGCUUUUGAAAUAAUUAUUUGGCCUAUUUUUUGCCAAAUUCCGAUACUUUUUGCAAAAUAUUGGAUCAAUUUUGAUAACAAAUUCAAUUCAUAUCUUUCAUUAUUGCGAGAAAAAGAAAUAUGUUUGUUCAGUUUGCAACCUUCUAACCAUCGUAACAGUUCAUCAUCUACAUUACCAUUUCGUCAAUCUCGCCUAAAUUAUCUCAAAUGCCUUCGCAAUUAUAUCGAAACAUAUCAUUCAGCCUCAAAAUCAAUUUGUUCCACCAAGGAUGAUGUCAACAAACUCUUUAUUAAUUUUAUUAGUCCAGAGAUGCAUUCACUCAUUUAUGAAAAAUAUGAUGGAUGUGAGGGUGAAGAACAAACAUUUUUGAGUAUAACAGCUUUAAAGAGUUUAUGGCAAUGCAUGUUUUUGGUCAGAAGUGAAUUUUUACGUCUCUUUUUACUUGCUAUUCACCAAAAUAUUUUGUUAUUUCAACCCUUUGAAUUUUUUAAAAAUAUAUUUAUUCUCUUCAAAACUUUUUGGAAAACAUUUAAUUAUUUGGAUUUAUUUAAUCAAAGAGAAGAAUUGGGUUUUAAAUCAACUGAAGUGAAACCUAAAGAAGAAAAAAUUUUGAAACAAAAAAUUGGAAAAUGGAAAAGUUUGAGUGAUUUUGCUAUUUGUAAAGCACAAUUGGAAUUUAUUCUUGAAAGUUUCAACAACAAUUCUUUUGAACAAGAAACUGAACAUAUAUCAGAACAAUUUGCUUUAAAUACAAUUUCUAAUCUUCAAUUAAUUAUUAAUUUGCUUAAACAAAAUAUAGAAAAAAAUUCAAAAGAGAAUAAUAAAAAAUUAGAAAAUAAAAUUGAAGAAGCUUUAAAUGAACAAGAAACAGUUACUUUAAGUUGUGAGACUAAAAGUGAUGAAGAUGUUGAUGAAAAAGAAGAGGAUUUUCAGAUAUUCGAAUUAAAUCCAAAAUUUACUAAAAUUGAUUCUGAAGGAUUUAAAUUUGAGGACCAAAAUAUUGAACAGUCUUCAUCAAAUUCUUCUUUACCUUUUGGUUCUCAUAAAGCUAUAACAAAUGAAUUAAAAAAUGUUUUGAAUGAAAGAAAAGAAUUUUGUUUAAAAAGGGAAUGUAAAGCUUUGGCAAAAUUACGAGGUGUUUUACCUGAAGAAAUUGAGAAAGAAGAACUUGAUAGAAAACCUUUUAAUUUUUGCAAGCCAACGAGAGAGGAAGAAAAAAUUGUUCCUAAAAGUCGAGGAGCUUUUGGUAUAAAUUCUACAGCAAUGGACACAAAUUGUUUAAAUGAAAUUUUGGAAAAACGCCAAGCUAUUUUUGCUUCUAAAAGUGAAUAUAUGAAAAUGGAAGAAUUUGGAGGAGGAGAUGAUGAAACUAAAGAGGAUGAACAGAAAUGAUUAAAGGUUUUAUUUUUUAUUUUGAGAAUAAAUUUUGGGAAAAUUUGUUAGAUGAUUAUAGACACUAUAGGUUGGGUCGAGUAAAUAUUUUUGAUCUCAAAGAUCGAUC